CUGUGCCUGCUCCACCUCAUGCGCAGCACCUGCCUGAGUCUGUUCUGCCCCCUCCCCACCACCUUACCGCCAUCAUGACAAGGGACAUCCAGGCCCCUUUCUUCUUCGGGCUGUUGCUACUCCCAGUGCUUACAGCUGCCUCCACCUCUUCUGAGACAACAGUUCCUACAACCUCUGGCCACACAAGCAGAGAUACACAGACUUCAAAUAUCCAAAGCAGCCCAAUGCCCAACUCCACUGGUGGAAGUGCUGUGAGCGCAACCAGCAGUUCACUCAUCACCCACAGCCCUGCCUCAAGCUUGGUCAGCACUCCAGCCCAGACUGACACUUCAUCUCUGACCGUCAGCCCUACCAGAGACCACAUUAGCACUUCAUCCAGGACCACAACUGGCAUGUCCUCUCCAAUCACCAGCCCUGCAUCAGGUUUGGCCACCACUCCAGUCCACAAUGGCACUUCAUCUCCAGCCACCAAUGGCACCUCAUCUCCGACCACCAGCCCUGCAUCAGGUUUGGCCACCACUCCAGUCCAUGUUGGCACUUCAUCUCCAACCACCAAUGGCACCUCAUCUCCAGCCACCAAUGGGACCUCCUCUCCGACCACCAGCCCUGCAUCAGGCUUGGCCACCACUCCAGUCCACAAUGGCACUUCAUCUCCAACCACCAAUGGCACCUCAUCUCCAGCCACCAAUGGGACCUCCUCUCCGACCACCAGCCCUGCAUCAGGUUUGGCCACCACUCCAGUCCACAAUGGCACUUCAUCUCCAACCACCAAUGGCACCUCAUCUCCAGCCACCAAUGGGACCUCCUCUCCGACCACCAGCCCUGCAUCAGGCUUGGCCACCACUCCAGUCCACAAUGGCACUUCAUCUCCAACCACCAAUGGCACCUCAUCUCCAGCCACCAAUGGGACCUCCUCUCCGACCACCAGCCCUGCAUCAGGCUUGGCCACCACUCCAGUCCACAAUGGCACUUCAUCUCCAACCACCAAUGGCACCUCAUCUCCAGCCACUAAUGGGACGUCCUCUCCGACCACCAGCCCUGCAUCAGGCUUGGCCACCACUCCAGUCCACAAUGGCACUUCAUCUCCAACCACCAAUGGCACCUCAUCUCCAGCCACCAAUGGGACCUCCUCUCCGACCACCAGCCCUGCAUCAGGUUUGGCCACCACUCCAGUCCAUGUUGGCACUUCAUCUCCAACCACCAAUGGCACCUCAUCUCCAGCCACCAAUGGGACCUCCUCUCCGACCACCAGCCCUGCAUCAGGUUUGGCCACCACUCCAGUCCACAAUGGCACUUCAUCUCCAACCACCAAUGGUACCUCAUCUCCAGCCACCAAUGGGACCUCCUCUCUGACCACCAGCCCUGCAUCAGGCUUGGCCACCACUCCAGUCCACAAUGGCACUUCAUCUCCAACCACCAAUGGCACCUCAUCUCCAGCCACCAAUGGGACCUCCUCUCCGACCACCAGCCCUGCAUCAGGCUUGGCCACCACUCCAGUCCACAAUGGCACUUCAUCUCCAACCACCAAUGGCACCUCAUCUCCAGCCACCAAUGGGACCUCCUCUCCGACCACCAGCCCUGCAUCAGGUUUGGCCACCACUCCAGUCCACAAUGGCACUUCAUCUCCAACCACCAAUGGUACCUCAUCUCCAGCCACCAAUGGGACCUCCUCUCCGACCAUCAGCCCUGCAUCAGGCUUGGCCACCACUCCAGUCCAUGUUGGCACCUCCACCCUAGCCACCAGCCCUGCCUCAAGCUCAACUGUCACUCCAACGCACAUGGGCACCUCUUCCAAGGCUACCAUGUCCCCAGUCAGCAAAGGUACUCCAUCUUCAGUUCCUAGCAACCACUCUGAUACUCCCACCACUCUUGCCAGCCACAUUACCAGAACAAUUGCCAACAGCACUAACCAUAGCAUAGUCCCUCCCACCUCCUCCCAUCCUAAGACUUCUCAGCAAUCUUCAGUUAUGGUCUCUUUGAUCUUCCUGUAUCUUCGCAUUACAAACCUCCAGUUUACCUCUUCCCUGGAAGAUCCCAGCACCAGCUACUACAAGGAUCUGCAAAGAAGGAUUUCUGAAUUGUUUUUGCAGGUUUAUAAAGAAGACAGGCUUCUGGGACUCCUUUAUAUCAAGUUCAGGCCAGGAUCUGUACUGGUAGAGCUGAUUCUGGCCUUCCAAGACAGUGCCGCUGCCCACAACCUGAAGACACAGUUUGAUCGGCUUAAAGCGGAAGCGGGCACCUAUAACCUGACCAUCAGUGAAGUUAGUGUGAUUGAUGCACCAUUUCCUUCCUCUGCUCAGCCUGGGUCUGGGGUACCCGGCUGGGGCAUUGCCCUGCUGGUGCUGGUCUGUAUUCUGGUCGCCCUGGCCAUCAUCUAUGUCAUCGCCCUGGCUGUGUGUCAGUGCCGAAGAAAGAACUGUGGGCAGCUGGACAUCUUUCCGACCCGGGACGCCUACCAUCCUAUGAGCGAGUACCCCACCUACCACACCCAUGGGCGCUAUGUGCCCCCCGGCAGUACCAAACGGAACCCCUAUGAGCAGGUUUCUGCAGGCAACGGUGGGGGCAGCCUCUCUUACUCGAACCUGGCAGCCACUUCUGCCAACUUGUAGGGGCACAUUGCCGGCUGAGCGCCCAGCCAAUGCCAGCUGCCUCCCUGAGGUUCUUCCCUGCUGGAGCCCCCGCCCCCAACUCUGUUCUGGGCUGAUGAGCUGGGAGCACAGGUGGGCUGCCCACAAUCUUCCUCACAGGUCCCACCAAGUCCCCUAACCCAUCUGAGCCCUAGCGAAGUCCAUCCGAGCCUGGGGGACAUGCCUGAGGCAGUGGCACCCAGGAGGACUGCCUGGAAAAUUCCAAGAUGGGAGUGGGAACCUGACCGUGGCUGAAUAAAACGUGGGCCUCCUCCGCACUGACUGCCAA